AUGUUUCUUCUUCAAGUCCUCCCUAUUGCACUUUCUCUGCUCUUCACGCAGCCUCCCGGUGUUCUUGCCGACGACUGCCCGCCCAUAACAUGGACAAAGGAUCGGGUCGCAAAACGGUCUCCUGCCGGCGCCACGGACAUGGCCUUUGCUCCGAUUGCCUCGGCCAUGAUACCCAUUGUGGCUCGCAAUGAGACCCGGGUCACCCGGCCUGUCAUCCAGCCCGGCGAGAUCAAUUGCCGCUUCUGGCACAAUACAUACGAGGAUCCAACCUACUACACAUGCACCGAGAUGGCCAACCUGUACGGCAUCGCUCUCAAGGACUUCUUCUUCUUGAACCCAACCGUGCUGCCGGACUGCUCCAACCUCAAGCCAAACACGAAAUAUUGUGUCAUCGGGUUUAUUGAGCCCCUUCGCUCUACCGAUGGCUUCUGUGGCCCACAGCACAACAAUGCCACCUGCCUUGGGACCGAGGCGCAGUGCUGCAACGCAGAAACAUGGACCUGCGGUAACACCGAAGAGGAUUGCGCCAACGGCACUUGCUAUGAAGGAGCCUGCUUCGGCGAUGUGGAGUAUAGCACCGAUGGUACUUGUGGCUGGCAGCAUGGCAGCAGAAAGUGUGCCGGAAAAUGGGGGGAUUGUUGCCACCACAACGGUACCUGCGGCACCGGCACUGCCUUUUGCGCCAAGGGGAACUGUCAAUCGGGGAACUGCGAUUGGGAUGCCAUCUUCCAGUUGACAACCACUUCGGUGGCAGCAAGCAGCAGCACCAUUACUACUGACCCCAGCGCAUGGCCCACCUUCCCUAUUACCGACUGCGUGGGCGGCAAGGGUCCGGAAACAAUAGGCGACAGCCUCUGUGAUCGGACCUGCCGCCUCGGCUUCUGCCCCGCGCCUUGCACAUGCACGAAUCCCUCCACCCCCGAACCUCUUCCGGAUACGCCUCCGGGAGUCCAUUGCUGGGGCAUGUUGGGGGUUCCGGCCGAGUAUGACGCCUUGUGUAGCUUUAUAUGCGCCUACUACAGCAUAUACAUGUACAUCCUCCCCGCAAGAGUCUGCACCAUUAUCCCGUACACCACCACCCCGACCGAAGGGGCCGUAUGCGUCCGGGGCGAGGGCGAGGGCGACUACAUGGGCUUGUGCGAGUUCUCCUGCCGCCACGGCUUCUGCCCAUCUGACACCUGCUCCUGUACCCUGUACGGCCACAAAGACACGUGGGCGGGGACACGGCCAGGCCAGACGGGAACCCCGGGUGUGCCGGCGCCAGGCAGGGACGAGAGCUAUGCCGAGUUGUGCAGCUAUGCGUGUGAUCACGGGUAUUGCCCUGAGGGGUUCUGUGUGAUUCCCUGA